UAAAUCAACAAAAUUAUUAGUACCAGCGCUGGAAAAUUUCAUUAAAAUUUAUUAAGUUUAAGAGUUUACACAUAAAAGAUGGGAAUAUUUCAUCUAGCAAUCAUUGUGAUUGCUGUUUUUAUAACUUCAAAUGCUCAACAGUUGCAAACACAACAACGGGAUCAACAAACAAUAAUUUCAUUGCAACAACAAUUACGUGAGCAACAACAAUUGCGCGAAAAGCAACAACGCCAGCUGGAAUUGCAGCGGCAACGAGACCUGCGUCAAAAAGAACAACAACUGCGACAACAAGAACAGCAACAAAACAGACAACAACACCAAAAACAGCAACUGCGUAACCAACAAGAUCUCCGAAAACAACAACAACAAUUGGGUCAACAACGACAACAAUUGCGUGGACAAAUUCAAAAACAGCAAGUACAAGAACAGUUCCAGCUGCCGCUUACACCACAGCAGCAAAACCAACUGCGUGAACAGCAAUUAUUAGGACAACAACAACAGCGACAACAACAAGAGCAACAACAGCGACAGCCACAAAAACAAGAACUACAACAGCGACAGCGACAACCACAAGAACAACAACAGCGACAACCACAAGAACAACAACAGCGACAGCGACAACCACAAGAACAACAACAGCGACAACCACAAGAACAACAACAGCGACAACCACAAGAGCAACUACAGCGACAGCCACAAAAACAAGAACUACAACAGCGACAACCACAAGAACAACAACAGCGACAACCACAAGAGCAACUACAGCGACAGCCUCAAAAACAGCAACAACAGCCACAAAAACAACAAGAACAGAAACCACGGCAAGAGUUGCUGCAAGAACAAUUGCGACAACAACAAGAACAACAACAAAAAUUGCGCGAAAACCAACAAAAACUGCGACAACAACAACUGCUUGAACAAUUUCAGAAACAACAAGAACAAGAACAGAAACAAAAACAACAUCUGCGUGAACAACAACUACAUGAACAACAAUUGCGAGAACAACAAGCCCAACAAGAACGACAACAACAACAACAACAAGAAAAGGUGAUGCAACCACGAAAAAUAGAAGAGCUGUUUCAAGAACUAUUGCGCGAAGAGCAACAAAAACAGCCGAGUAAGGAAUCGCUUACACCACAGCAGCUACAACAACUGCAAGAAUUUCAGCAACAACAGCUGCGUUUACAAGAAUAACGACAAAGAGUAACACCAUUGCAGCAGCAGUAAUAGCUGCCUCGAAAACAACAACAGCAACUGUGUAAAUAUCAACAAUAUCAGAGGCAGCAGAAGCAAAAACUACACUAACGGUAAUCACAAUAACAACAACUACUUGAACAAUAUUUACGUGAGUAGCAAUUAAUACCGACAACAAACGAAAGAGAAGCAACUAUAAUAUUAUAAUUUUCUAUAUUAUAUUCUGGUUUUACCCAAUAAAUCUUAAUAAUAAUAAGAUAAUAAUUCUACAUAAUUUACAGAGAACAAUAAAGUGAAGCUCAACA